UCGGCUGCUGCUGUCUGCUUUCCCUCAGGCGGCCCGAGCGACAUGUUAGGAGGGGAGCGGGUGGCGGCGGAGGUGGCGGGACCCAGCGAAGAGACGACCAGCCCGCCACAGAGAGCCAGGACGGCCGGCCUGGGCAGCGAGUAACGGACCGAGCGAGCACAGCCGGCCCAGCCCCCCCCCGAACCGACCCGGGACAGACAGAGAGCCAGGGGGGAAUCACAGGACGGUGACGGUGCUCUGGGCCGGGACAAGAUGGCGGCGGCGGCCGGAGCGAGCUGAGCAUGCAGAGGGGCCCCGCUCACUGCCUGACAUGUCCGGCACAGCCCUGCACGCUGCACCUCCUCCUGCUCUAUGAAGGUAUGGCCUCACAAGUCUUGGUGUACCCACCGUAUGUUUAUCAAACCCAGUCAAGUGCCUUUUGUAGCGUGAAGAAACUUAAAGUAGAACCAAGCAGCUGUGCGUAUAACAGGAGGAACUAUCCCAGAACAGAUCUGUAUGCUAGAAACGGAGUUGCACAUCAAUCUAACAAGAGCAGGCCUCCUUUCCAGACAAAGAUUACCUCUGACAGACCUCAUCGACAGAGCACUGCGCAACAAGUUAGCGCAGUCACAUUAAAAACCAACACAGGUGCAUCAGCGGACCCAGCAGCGCAGGCGCAGCCAGUUCCGGCAGAGACACCACUUGUCAGAACUCAAGAUAGUGGAUCAGAAUUGUUGGACAACCAUCAGAGAUGUGGAUUGAAGCGUAAAAGCGAAGAUUUGGAGAACCCGGGUGGCACCAUGCAGAUUGUUGAUGAGUUGUCUUUACUGCCUGCCAUGCUUUCAAGUACUGCAGGAAACCCAGUGACUGUGGUGGCAAACACAGGAACUUCUAAGCAAAAUGGAGCUAGUGUGGAUGGGGACUAUCAGCUGGUACAGCAUGAAGUUUUGUGCUCGGUCAAAAAUACCUAUGAAGUACUUGACUUUUUGGGUCGAGGUACCUUUGGACAGGUAGUCAAGUGCUGGAAAAGAGGGACAAAUGAAGUAGUGGCUGUUAAAAUUUUGAAGAACCAUCCUUCAUAUGCACGUCAAGGACAGAUUGAGGUGGGCAUACUUGCAAGACUGAGCAGCGAGAAUGCGGACGAGUUCAACUUUGUGCGUGCAUACGAAUGCUUUCAGCAUCGGAACCAUACUUGCUUGGUUUUUGAGAUGUUAGAACAGAACUUGUAUGACUUCUUGAAGCAAAAUAAAUUUAGCCCUUUGCCCCUGAAAGUAAUUAGGGCUAUCCUUCAGCAAGUGGCUACUGCACUGAAAAAGCUUAAAAGUCUUGGUUUAAUUCAUGCUGACCUCAAACCAGAGAAUAUCAUGUUGGUGGAUCCUGUAAGGCAACCGUACAGGGUGAAAGUAAUAGACUUUGGCUCUGCCAGCCAUAUAUCAAAGACUGUUUGCUCGACCUAUUUGCAGUCUCGCUACUACAGAGCUCCUGAGAUAAUUUUGGGGUUGCCGUUUUGUGAAGCCAUAGACAUGUGGUCCCUGGGCUGUGUGAUUGCUGAGCUUUUCCUUGGGUGGCCGCUUUACCCUGGAGCACUGGAGUACGAUCAGAUCCGAUACAUUUCCCAGACCCAAGGGUUACCUGGAGAACAAUUGUUAAAUGUGGGUACAAAAACCUCCAGAUUUUUCUGUCGUGACCCUGAUGCUCCAUACCCCAGCUGGAAGCUAAAAACUUUGGAAGAACACGAGGCAGAGACAGGAAUGAAAUCUAAGGAAGCCAGGAAGUAUAUUUUUAACAGUUUGGAUGAUAUAGUGCAUGUGAACAUGGUGAUGGAUCUGGAUGGUAGUGACUUGGUGGCAGAGAAAGCAGAUAGAAGGGAAUUUGUGGGCCUGUUAAAGAAAAUGUUGAUGAUUGAUGCUGAUGCGAGAAUCACUCCGACUGAUACCUUGAACCACUCGUUUGUUACCAUGAAGCACCUUUUAGAUUUCCCACACAGUAAUCAUGUAAAAUCUUGUUUCCAUAUAGUGGAUGUUUGCAAGUCACGACCCUAUUUGUGUGAUGCAGCCAACCGCAAUAAACCAUCCAUAAUGAGACCGAUUGUGGCAGCCAAUGCAGCUAAUAUUUCAGCUGGCUUCACCAAAAUUGGUACAGUCAGGGGUCAGGCCUUACCAACAUCUGGGCAUUCAGUUAUACACCAUGCGAUACCCGUGCAGGCAGGAACUGCUCCGUUUGGUUGCAAUGAUGCUUUUCAGCAGACACUGAUUCUUUGCCCUCCAACAUUGCAAGGAAUCCCACCAAAUGGAAAGCCGACAAGUUACUCAGUGCGUGUGGAUAAUGCAGUCCCUCUGGUAACGCAGGCAGCAGCCAUGCCUCUGCAGAUUAGACCUGGUGUCCUUUCUCAGCAUGCGUGGUCUAAUGGAACACAGCAAAUAUUGGUUCCUGCCUGGCAACAGGUGACCACUAUGGCUCCAACAACAACACUUGCCUCUGACACAAUGGCUGGAGCACAAAGAAUUGGAGACUGGGGGAAAGUAAUUCCACAUGGAAACCAUUACAGCUCGAUGAUUCUGCAGCCUCUUUUAACCAACCAAAUGACAUUAUCUGCCCCUCAGCCUAUUAGUUUAGGCUUUGCUCAUGUCGUGUGGCCACAGCCCACUGCUAACAAAAGAAAUAAAGUCUGUCAGAACAGAAGUAACCCAAUGAUAGAAACAGUUGUCCCCAAUCCACCAACUGCCUCUCCAAAGAUAUUAAACAGCUCAAAGACCAGAAAGCAGGAAGAUUGCGCCUUACAGCAGGACAAUCAGAACUCCUCAGAAGAGGAGGAGAACUUGUGUAAGGCUUCUGAGGGGCCGGCCCCCGACAUUUCCAACCAACAGAGGCAAACAAUAGUUAUAGCAGAUUCACCAAGUCCGGCAGUGAGUGUCAUCACCAUCAGCAGUGACACAGACGAAGAGGAUCCAGGACAGACACUUUCAUUGCGAGAGUGCAAGGGCAGCCUGGACUGUGAAGCUUGUCAGAGCACCCUGAAUAUUGAUCGUGUGUGUUCCCUCAGUAGCCCUGACAGCACAUUAAGCACCAGUUCUUCAGGGCAAUCCAGCCCAUCUCCAUGCAAAAGACCAAACAGCAUGUCAGAUGAUGAGCCAGAGAGCGGCUGCGACACUGUGGAUGGAUCUCCAAGUUCCGAUUCUUCGGGGCAUGACAGCCCGUUUGUAGAGAGCAGUUUUGUCAGGGAUCCUAAUCAAAACACUGAGACUCGGACUUCAGAGAAAGCUGAGAGCAAACCUGCAGUGUGCACGGUUGUGGUUCCACCCAUCAGGAUAGAAAACCGCCGUGUCAAUUCACAUCGGGUGUCAAACAAAGAUCCUGUUUGUCAUCCUUUAAUAAAAGGUCGCUCUGCCCCAGGGAGAAUCAACCAUUCUACUGGCCAGGGGAACCGUCAGCAGAAACGCACAUCAGCAUUCCAGCAGCAGCAGCAGCCUCUUCAUUUCAGCCAGAUACAGCACUUUGGAUCUGGCCACCAGGAAUGGAAUGGAAAUUAUGGGCACAUGAGGCAGCAGCCAUACUUGACACCCACAGUUGCCAGUCAUCCUUUCACCCUUCCUCAUGGAAGUCCAAAUCAUGCAGUCCAUGCACAUCUGGCUGGAAGCGCACACCUUGGAGGACAGCCUGCUAUUCUAUCAUACCCACCAUCAGCACAGCUGACCACUGCUGGUCCCGUAGCCCACCUUCUUGCCUCUCCUUGUACCUCAAGGCCUAUUUUACAGCAUCCGACCUACAAUCUGUCUCAUCACAGUGGCAUCGUUCACCAGGUUGCAGUUGGCAUAAAUCCUCGUCUCUUACCUUCCCCCAACAUGCAUCAGACUCAGUACAAGCCAAUUUUCACCUCCCACUCAUACAUUGCAGCAUCUCCUGCUUACGCCGGAUUUCCAAUGAGUCCGACAAAACUCAACCAGUAUACAUUCAUGUGAGAACCGGAGGUCGAGUAGAGGAAGCUCAAAGAUUCAAACACAUAGUUUGGAGAAGAAGAAGAAGGAAAAAAAAAAACUAUUUUAAGAGAACAUGGCUUUUAAUAAGUAUUUGCCAUGGCACAGGAAAAAAAAUCUAAUAUUUUUUUGAAUCAUGUAGACUUGGGUGCAAUUUAAUCAAUCUUGAGCUUUAAAAGAAAAAAAAAAUCACUUUUAAUGUGUUUUGCACAUUUGGUAUAAAUUGUCUUUCGUCCUGUUUUCUUCUUCUAUAGUAACUCUAGACAGGUGACUUACAGGAGCAGAAUUCCAAUCAAUCUCCUGCUAUUUUUUUAUACAAUUGCCUUCUAACUUUAGUGCAAGACACGUCUACAUUUGGGAAGCCAUUCAGUGUACAGGUUUAGAGCAACAAAUGCACACAAUGUCAGCAGUACAGUGUAUCAGUAAUGCGUUUGUAUUCUGUAUGUCUCGAUGUGUCAGUGUUGGAUCACUUAGCUAUGAAGAUGUUCUUCACAUUGCAUGUGUCUUUUGCAUGGGCAGAAGAAAAAAAAAAAACACGUUGCCUAGACCGCGCUCUUCAAUGUUGUCGUCCUAAUAAUCUCAGCUGCAUUGUAAACUGUUCCCACACAUAGUGCCUUAACUAUUUGAGGUUGUUAAUGUUACUACUUAAUAUAUUAAUGUCGAGUUCAGCACUUAAUCUUCAGAUCUGCUGAUUAUAUAAAUAUCUAUUUUGGAUAACUUGAGUAAUGCUCAGUUAGAUUUUUAUGUUUUUUCGUGUGGUAUGAUUUAAUAUUUUUGAUUUGGUUCCGGGUGUUACCAAUAGAACAGCAUGUUUUUGCUGUACAGUAAACUUACUGUCUGUUUUUUAAAGAAUGAACUAGUUCUAGCAAGCGUUGAAUAGCCUUGAUGCGCUUUGGUUUUAUUUUCAUUUUUUUGUUGUAGCACAGGAACAAUGCUGGCUGCACGUUCAGUAAUCUUACGGUGACCAGAAAUGCAAUAUAGUCCAAAUGUGGAUUUUUUUUUUCCCUCUUUCUUUUUGGUGUGUGUUUGUCUCAUUGGAUGGAUCAUUAUAUCUACUAGAGUAGGUGGCAUGACUUUGGUUAGGUUAUGCGAGACGACCUUUGAACUCAUGUUUUGGCAGAUACGUCCACGUGUUGCUGUGCAAUGUUUUGCAGACCGUUCCAGCACUGUCGAGGUUAACAUAACCGCAGCUCGGGCAAACCAUGCAGUAUUUGAUGAAUUGUAUCAGAUAUUUACUCUAAAAGCUUGACAAGAUGUGAGGUUUUAUUUUCUCUGUGUGCAAUUUUCUUUUUCAUUUUAUGCAUGUGUCAGUUUUUAAAUCCUCCUUACAUUAUAUUUUGUGUUUUUACUUUGUGGGUUGGUGACUGCUUAUUUAAUACAUUCCGUCAGGGACAUGAAAAUUAUGUGCAUAUUUCAAUUAAUUAUUUUUUCUUAAAUUUGUAGAUUGUGUAUCAUCUAUACCAAGUUGCUUUUAGCAGCACCAAAGACUUUGAAAUCAUCCAUUUCUAGUAAUGAAAUUCAAAGGUAGCUACUUAUUGCAUAGACCUAAUUUAUACUGUAGUAUAGUGGUAGGCUUUAAGGAGAAAAAAAAAAAGGUAUUAAUUCUUUGGGUGCUGGCUUGAGGGUUACGCAAUGCUUCGUACCUCCCUCUGUCACGCAGAGUGUUUAAAACUAAUGUGGUUGUAGCUUUGGGCAAGUAAUAAACCUAUCAUUUAUCUUGAAUGUAUCAUAGAUAAGCUGCUAUAUAUAACGGACGCCACUUUGGAUAGCUGUGAAGUUAGCUUCAUAUCUAGAUUUUUCAUAGCCGUCUUACUUCUGUUUUAAGUCUAAUUAUAUGAACGUUUAGUGGUUUUUUUUCUGAUUUUAUUUUACUUUUACUGUUUGCCGUGUCAUUGUAACUACUGUAUUGUAAAUUAUGGAUUCUAAUUGCAUAUGUUAUUUUCUGGGUGUGUGUUCCUUGCAUCAGUAUUUUAUCUCCAUAAAUUUUGAGCUCCUUACUGCAUAUAAGUGUAUUAAUGUAAGUUAAUUUUUUUUUUAAUGUUUUUCAUAUUCUUGUUGUGUAAACCUUUAAAGGAACUGCAGGCUUGAUUUUUAUGUUAAAUUGUAUUCUUAUAAUCUGGAAUAAGCAAUGUUGGAAAUUAAAUUUCAGUUUGAGUUCCAGCUUUUACUUCCUGUGACCCACUAAAGGAAAACUUUGCCCUCACAAAAAUAAGUUAAUUCUACUUGCACUGCGUAAUUAAAAGGUUUAAUAUGUCGUCUGCUUUGAUUUGCACAGUUGCAACCUUUUAAUUAUAAGUGACUGAAUUGUUAAAUGAAGUUAGACGGGGUUGGCCAUUUUGCGUCAUCUCAUACAGCUAAACUAGUUUUUGUGAUGGCAUCCCAAGCCUAGACGAAACCAAAUAUUUUUUGUGAAACAUAAUUUGUAAAAUACUUUAUAUUUACUAGUCUUUAUCUGACAAGAGCAGUGACUACAAGCCACUUAUUUUUGGGGUAUCAUUUUCCUUUAACACCACUAUACACAGCACUUGCCUAGCUGUCAAUACUCUCAUUGUUUCACUACUCUGGGGCGGGCUGGAAGCUGAAUGCUCAAGCACCAUCUGAUGUUAACACAAGCAGUGUUUUAUUUAAUGAAUGUUUAAACUAAUAUGUGCCUAUAUCAAAUUUUAUACAAAUAGAUAAAAAUGUAAGAAAAAUACAGUAUUAUAUGUUGAAAUAUAAAAAAACAAACCAGUGAAACAUUUUUUGAUUGAUCACUGGGAAUCAGUUUUUCUGCAAAAGUAAAUGUUUUACUAAUCCUCGCUAUGCAUUACGUACAGCAUUGUCUGGUCCCGUGAGUAUGGGGAUAACAAAAAAAAAAAAAGGAAAGUUGUUGAACUUUGUGUUGUAAUAUUUUGCUGCCCAGAUAUUGCAAGCAGUGUUGGCGAUUUGAUACUGUGUCAACAUGCUAUUUUGUAACUUGCCCCAAGUACAGUGUGCUUUAAGAUUGCAUCAGACUCUUUUAGAACAUCAAAGCUCUACUGCGUUACUUUGAAUGCUAGAAGACUCCUUAUAGGCAGAUUUUCAUUUGUAUUAUCAGUGCUGUAAGUAUUCUUAGAAUAAAUGCUAUCUCACCCAGUAGGCUAACUGGAGUUGUCUAACAGUACAGGUGGUAAAUUCUCCAGUGGCUACAUGUAGUAGUCGGUAUAUUGAUUGUUGAGGUAUGAGUGGUAAAAUAUCCAUUAACUUCUGUUUGCAACGCGGUGUAUUGAUCCCCGGGGCUGUGUGCUUGUUACGCUCCAGUCCCUUUCCAAAGAGGAGCCAUAGAAAUAUUGGUUAGGUUCUACCCAUGGAUUUUAUGGCUUUCUUUCCAAGACCAGAUCCACCCAAGGCAGGAUGCCCUAUUUACAGCCUGCUUUAAAGGAACACAAACAUGUAUUCCUGACACUGCAGUGUUAAAAUAACUAUUUAGGUGUUGUCAUCUGCCCCUCUCCCCUUUCAUGGUGUUUAAACUCACCUUUUUCCCUCUGCCUUUAAGGCUGAGAUCAUCAAACUUGAUGAUCUAGGCCAAUACUAUGCCAUCCUAUGGGAAAGCAUUGGGAGGCUACUGCACAUUUUUUGGCAAAAUUACACACUGUGCCAAUCUGCAUCUUGUCAUAGAGAUGCAUUGAAUCAAUGCAACUCUAUUGGGAAUGUUCAGCACCUCCAUGGAGUGUGCUGAAAAGGCUUUGUUUACAUUGAAAAGCCUGCAGGGACAGGCUAAGGACACCAGAACUACUACCUUAAGCUGUAGUGGGUCUGGUGACUAUAGUGUCCCUUUAAGAUUGCAUCCCUAUGGGGAAACAUUUAAACUGGCUGAGGUCAUCAAGACAGAUGAUCUCUACCAGGGAGGCGGAGCAGCAGCACGAAGACCAGAGUGCAGAGGGAGAUAAGAUAAGUAAAUCUUACCUUGGGGGGACAUGCCUACAUUGGGGAUACCUAUAUAGGCAGGAGAACACUCUAGCAUUGGGAAUACAUGUUUGUAUUACUAAUGCUAGAGCAUUCUUUUAAAGAAAGACAGACAUGUGUGGUACUGCAUGUGGAGUAUGGAUUGUUAUUUAACCGCAAUCUCCAAUAUAUUAAAAUAUAUGAAUAAAUUAAUUACAAACUCAUUAAGUUUGGUUCAAUUUUAUUUUCUCACUUUUCUAUUUUUGUAACUAUGAAUAUUUCGAUUGCUUAAACACAAUCAAGCCUAUAUACACUCACAUUAACUCUUUUGAGCAGAUUGCAAAAUGCGUCAAACCAAAAAAUAUAUAUAUAUACCAUGAAGCAGCCUAAAGCCCUCCUGUAUGGUAAUAUGAAGAAUAAUUCAACUCUAUAAAAUAGUAGAACAAUGGAGGAAAAUUAAAAGGAAAAUUCUAAAAUAAAAUCCCCCCUUUUAAAGCUUUUAUCUCAAAGUAUUUGCAGACUUUCAGCAUAACUGGGUUUACAAGAAAUAUGCUUACCUCAAGUCAGUCUCAAACAUCCCAAAAUAUGUUUUGCCCACUAUAUGCUUCAGACGAUUUUGUAUGCAGUCUCUUGCAGCAGAUUACCUAAAUAACACAGCAUUUAUAGAAGUCUUGUAUGUAUAAUUCCCAUUUCAUGAUCUGUAGAAUAUAAUCACGUCCUUCACUCCUUGUUACAAACUCCCAACACUUUAUAUAACACUGGCUCUGGAAGCACAAAAAUGUAAUAUGCUAAUGCACAAAAUCCAAAAGCACAAUUUAUUAGAAUAUGCCACAUAGUAUAAAAAAAAACAAAAGUACUUGGUACCGAUCACUAUGCUUGUACAAACAUUUGAAAAAAAUCUGUAGGGGCAGAUUCAUCUAAAUUACUUCAAAUCUCAGCAUUGGUAUAUGCAAACAAGAACAAAAAAAAAACUUGUGCAUAUUAGUAGCACAGUAGGACGCAAAAUGAAAGACCAAAAAGUGUGUAUGAUUAAGCCAAACAUUUGCUAAGCACCAGUUGCAGAAACAAAUCCUCCCCUUCUCCCCCCACUUCCCAUUUAAUAUCGUAAAUGCCAUCAGAGUAAAGACCGUGUUUGUGUUGCUCAAAAGUUCCACAUGUCGUACAUUUUCCACUGGCUACACUUCGUAUCCAUGUAUAUUGAUCCUCGAGAUAUACACAGUGAAAUCUCCAUUUUGGUAUAUUGAUCCUCUGGGCUGUGUGAUUGAGACCUGCCAGUUCCUUCUAUGGCUCUUUACAAAGAGUGGAUGGUUUAUUUCACUUGAUUUAGAUUUAGGUGCCGAUUCCAAAUUUUGGGUGUGUUCUAGUUUUGUGUAUCAAAGUCGUCGUCCCCUCCCCAGGUCAACACACACCUGGAUUGCAUGCAUUAGACUAUUUAAGAACAUCCGAGCUGCUGCAUUACUUUGAAUGCGAUAAGACACCUAUAGGCAGAUUUAUGUUUGUAUUAUUAGUGCUGCUUUUUUUUAGUUGAACCCAUUUCUACGUUUUUGGAACUAAACAGAGUCCUUUGUUCACCAGCUGCUGUUUUUUAUUCUUUUAUUUAGCAACAGAGGAUCAAUGGAAAUACUAAACUUCUACAACCAUUGAAAUACUUCAGAUUGACCGAUCUCUGCACAAAAGCAAACAUUUGCAAAAAACAAAAAAUAUUGCUAAAUGCUUUAGCAAUAUUUGCUGAUUAGAGUUAAUGUGUUGAAAUCAGAGUAUGUGCUUUUACUGUAUGUUUCCUGUUCUAAUAAUACAAAAACAAAACAAAGAUUUGGCCCAGUGAGAUUGAGAGGGUAUCAUCUUUGUUUAGCAAUUUUGCAUUGCAUUGUAGCAUUCACAGUUCUGCAGUUUAAGGGGUCGAACAUUUAAAAAAAACACAAAAAAAUAUUAAUAAUUUUACAUCUUUAACUGUUUUUAGCAAACCAGAACCCUGGCAUUUAUCUUUUUUUUUCAGUAAUGAGGAAAGUCUUUAUUGUGACUUUAAGUGAAACACAAAGCUUAGUAUUACUGGUGCGGCCUUGUUAGCGCCAGUGUUUAGGCUGCGUUCUAUAAUUCCAGUUUGAGGGCAUACCUAGCUGUCUAGUAUUGAUUGUGAAGGUUUAUUCGGACUCUUCAAUUGCUAACAAAUAGCAGGUGUUGGUUUUCAUUGGAAAUUUGAGAUGGUCACAAAAAUGUCUACUGCAGAAAGUGAUUUUUAUUAUUAUUUUUUUCUUCACAAGAAUCUUUUGGGGAACCACAAACUAACUUAUAAGAAGACAAGAUAAGAGGGCACACGUUUGGUUUUUGAUUGCAUGUAAGAGAGACAUGUUCUGUGUAAUAUAACCCUGUUGGAUAACAGGAAGCAUAAUAAAAUCUCCAUCUUUUUCUUUGCUACAUGAUGACAAUUGUACUUCAUAAACCAAAAAUAGAUCAUGAUCUUUAACCCAUCACCAGAAUCUGGCACAAUUUGCACUGCUGUACGGGUAUGCACAUACAGAGCUUGAUGGCACCCAGCUCUUUUUAGUUUGUAAGAUCACUUGACCGGGGGAAUAAGCACCUGUUCUAUUUGUCAAAAGUUUCCUAUUGCAGUUACCCGUUUGUUUCACUUAGUCAAUGUACUGCGCUGCUGAAUAUGUUGGCUCUUUAUAUUAAAUAAUGGACUUUUCGGGAAGCCACAGCACUCCCGUAGUGGAUAAUAAGAGGACCUGGCUUGGCUCCAAGCUUACCCACUUACUUGCUAUUGCAGGAUUUCUGCAGACAACAUGGUGUUGCAGGUCCUUGCUGCAACCCAGGGGAGUUCAAAUGAGAACAUAUUUAUUAUUAAUUUAUUUUUUUUACAUAAUGUAUUAAGCGUGGCGUGUCCCUUUAAGAACACACAAAGAUGCGCCUUUUGAGAGCACUUGUUUUAUAAAUUUGUUUAACCACCAGUGGCCUAAUUCAUUCUGUUUUUACUGUCAUUACAUUUUCAAUUGAGGUAUUUGAGGCACAGUGAGGACUAUGUUGGUAUUUUCUAAACCAGGCAUAGGCAACCUUCGGCACUGCAGAUGUUUUGGACUACACCUCCCAUGAGCCAGCAUUAUGUGUGUAAGAGCAUUAUGGGGGAUGUAGUCCACAACAUCUGGAGUGCUGAAGGUUGCCUAUCCCUGUUCUAAACAAAUGACUUCAGAGAACACUGCAAGCACCAUACUAUCUUGGUUGUGCCGCCAGGAAUGUUUUGAAGCUUUCCUAUACUAAGAUAUCAAACUGUUAUAGCACAGUUUGAAAACGUACUUGGUUCUUGCUGGGCGCGCUCACACUGCACCACCAAUCAAUCAGUAGAAUUCGGAUUGCUCAAUAGAGCAAAACAAGACCAUUCAAGAUUGCGCUCACUGUAUGAAAACAUUAACUUUGUGCACUCAGCCAAUGAGCACUGUCUUGUAUGGGUUGUGCUUUACUCUACAAAACUAUCUGCCUCUCCUGCUUGAGUAGACCAGAUAUAGCUGGUAAGAUGUAGGUUCCCAGCGGGACCCAUGUAUGUUAAUUGCCAAAAUGGUUUGGCAUAUUGCUGUGGCGUGGCAUGAGGGCUCACACUGACUUAGUGUUCCCUUGAGGAAUUUUGUCAUGGACAUACCUCAAAUCCAGUUUCAGUACUGAGGUAACCGGCCUUCCUGUCAUUCUUGUGCCUCACCCAGUAUUCUCUUUGGUCUAUCCAUAAAGUAUCCAUUUCUGGACAUAUCGGGAGAAGCUAGCAAAUACACAGGAUUUCCUUCUGGAUGGUAACACUUCCAGCUUUAAAUCUAUUCAUUUGCUAGUCCUCCAUCUUGUACUAUGUAUAAGAGAAAUGAUUUGCAGUAUUAUAGUAGACUCUCACUGCAUCCAUAGUAUCUUUAAUCUAAAUAAGCCUCUUAUUGUCUGUUAAAUAUUGGUAGAAGUUGGCACCAUUUUAUUAUUUUUAAAAGGGGUAGACCAACUUUUUCAAUGGUCUGAUUUGCACUGAUUUGGAAUAAGGAUGAGACAGACUCGGUUGAUCCUUUCUUUUCCCCUUGUGAUUAUCGUCAUUUAUAUAGCGCCAACAGAUUCCGUAGCGCUUUCUAGCAUCUGUAAUGGUGAAUCUGCACAGUAAAACAUAGAGGGUCGCAAAAAACUCUAUUUGAGUUUCCGCUGUACUUUGUCAUUUUUAUACCCACUUUAGCGAUCUCGUCUUAGAGUGUGUUAAGUGUGAGGUCAGUGUCAUUAUAAAUGAAAAGAGAUAGCAGCCAUAUUAUUCCUGUUAUACGCAAAAUAAACAUGUAGCCUCACCCCAUCCCAAAUACAUUUUGGUUGUUUUUUAAAGUCCAGACCCUCAAUAUGUCCCUUUGACAGCAAUGACCCAUGUACACAGUGUUGCUACCAGUCCUUAUUGACUCUCCAUUCAUAUUUUUGUAAUAUUCCAAUAUUUUAGCAUAUAUGAGUAAACGAUAAAUUAUGAAAUGCUGGUAGAAACCUGGUCUAAAUCGCUAUUAUAAUAUAGGUUGAUAGAUGCCAUGAUAACUGGGCCUGUUUGUAUACGUUUGAUUUUUCUUUUGUCUUGCUGUUAAUUAAACUGUGUAUCCCAUCUCCAAACUUUAUAAUCACAUACUGAAUAUAGCAUUUGUUUGGCAUGUAUCUAUAUGCUGCGUUGCAUAUCUCUAGUAGUAAGCAAGAAAUAUACUUACAUUCGUAUACCAGUGAACAUCUUAAUAGUAUGAAAUACAUUUUUGCGAUAGAAGUGUGUAAUGUAGUUUUUGAAUAAAACCAGGUUAUCUCCGCUCUGUUUCGAUUGGUAUGCAGGAAGGAGAAGUUAGUUGUUAUGCUUGUCGCACAAGAGUUUUCAAAACUACAUCUCCCAUGAUGCUCAACCAACUCGAUGGUGACUGAUCGUUAUGGAAAUGGUGUUCUAAAACCUCUGUUUUUAAGACUAGCCACCCCUCCAGUAUGCGAUUUCAUCCCUGGGCUCUAUUCACUGCCCUUACUUAUAUUUUAUUUUUAAAUAAAACACUGCAUGCCUGCACAAAUAUCCACACCUGCUAAAUUCCUAUACGUUUUUCUUCAUUUUCUGCAAUCAUUGUAUUUUAACUCUUUCAGGCUGUUAAGUAUGCUACUGUAAAAACUGAUUUGAACCGGGGGUUUGUAAUAAACUACUUUUUUGCUAAUUGUGAUUUGGGCUUGCACCAAAGUAAAAGUGAACUCAUACUGCAAGUUUUGUAGGACUGUUUGUUUAGAAAUCCAGCUUUUGUUUAAUUUGAAUUGUUACUGUUUUUAACAAAUUGUAGAUUUGUGGCUUUCAUUUAUAUGUUUUAUUAAUUUGUUUUAAAAAUAUUUUUUUUGGCUUUUGAUUUUUAUGCUACACUAGUUUUGCCAUGUAGCAAUUGCACUGUGCAAUAUUCUAAUACGAGGACUGGGAAACAUUUUUAUGGUUGUAUGUCUUGUUACAUUUUGCGAUAGUAUUUCUCUCUAGUUCUCAGUGAUUUUAAAUGUGACCAAGGCUUCUGUACUUUGUCACAAAAAGCGGGUUUUCCAGGUAACUAUUUUGGUGAGUGUCAAAAAUAUGAAUUUAUGGUGUAUUAUUGUCUAAAUUCACUUUGAAUUAAAAUAUAUAUUGCAGCAUA